AUGACUGCCUUUUUGCUGUUACAGACUUCUACCGAUCCCGUUAUAGCGGUUGACUUCAAUCCAAUCGACGCAAACGCGCUCGUGUCUAUUGGCAAAAGUCACUUGGCAUUUUGGACAUUGGAAGGCUCCAAUCUCGCCAAGAAACAGGGUGUUUUUGACAGAUAUGAAAAACCGAAAUUUGUGCUUUCAAUGAUUUUUGUGGAAAACGGCGACUUAAUCACGGGUGAUUCGAAUGGGAACAUAUUUCUUUGGCCGAGAGGUUCAAACAGGAUCAGCCAAGCCGUCUUGGGCGUUCACGUGGGUGGCAUCUUCGCACUUGCCUUCAGCAAAGCCGGUCAUCUACUUUCCGGAGGCGGACGGGACAGUCGCAUCGUCCAACUGGACUCAUCAUUGAAUCCUACUGGCAUUUUUGUCGAACUCAGUGCUUGGUACGGACCCGUGCGGACACUCGUUUCCGGUCCUGGCGAUAUUGUCAUUGUUGGCACCACUCAGGGCGACAUUCUCCAGGGUCAGCUUGGGGCGAAUUUCAGUCCACUGGUUCAGAGCCAUGGUGACGAGUUGUGGGGACUUGCAGCUCAUCCGCAGAGCCAUCACUUCCUUACCGGUGGACGCGAUGGUAACGUUUUUCUGUGGGAUUCACUAACUCGGCGGCUUGUGUGGGCAGAGAAUCUCUCCGAAGAGAUCAUCUGUGCAGCGUUCUACCCAGCUGUGGUGAGCUCUUCCACUGCGGUGCCCAAUCACACGGAGGCAGAAAGCGGUGGCGGGGGUGAUCUCGCCGAUUCCGUCCCCGUGGUCGCUCUGGGCACCACCUCGGGUCGGUGGAUCAUUCUCGACGCUGUACUGCAUCAGAUCAUCGCUGCCCAUCACGAAAGCCCAGAGCCUAUUCAGUGUCUCGCCUAUUCGCCCAAUGGUCAGUUCAUUGCCCUUGGUGGACGUGACAAUAGCAUCUAUGUGUACAACGUUACGACACGCGGAACAAAGUAUUCGCGACUGGGCAAGUGUUCUGGUCACUCGAGCUUCGUGUUGCACCUCGAUUGGUCCGAGGAUAGCCAAUAUCUGCGCUCGGUCUCUGGAGACCACGAGCUGCUCUACUGGUCCGUGGCCAACUGUCGGCAGGUGACGUCGGCAAGUGGCAUGCGUGAUGUGCGUUGGGCCACGCAGCACUGUAACUUGGGCUUUGAGGUGGCCGGAAUCUGGCCUCCCGAUUCCGAUGGAACCGACAUCAACGCCGUCUGUCGUAGCCAUUCCACUCGUCUUCUGGCCACAGCGGAUGAUUUCGGUCAAGUCAACCUCUUCCGCUACCCUACCUGUCAGUUGAAGAGCGAACCGCGCUCCUACGGCGGCCACUCCAGCCACGUGACUAACGUAGACUUCCUCUUUGAUGAUUCGCGGCUUAUCUCCAUUGGGGGUGCGGAUAUGGCUAUCUUACAGUGGGAGAAAAUUAGGACCGUUUUUGUGCCUGAGAAGGGUCAACAGCAAGCCCAUCACAGUUCUACCCAAAAGUUUGUAGAAGGAGAGAGGAGUUUGCCGGGCUCUGUCUCGAACAUCUCCUGCGAUUAUCAGUCAAGUCUCGACGUUGGUUGCCGUAAUGUAUGCAGUGGUGUUACUUAA